AUGCUGAGGACUAACAAUUCGUCUCCUAGUUCCUAUUGCCAACUGUUUGAAGUCAUGGAUUCAUAUUCAUCAAUGCCUAUUUCAAUCGACGGGAAGAAACCUUCCUUUGAGUUCACAUCAACAGAGCAUCAGCAAGUAAAAGAUUUCUUGGACAAAUGCCAUCUACCGCAGUACUAUGCAACGUUUAUCGACGAAGGAUUUGAAUCCUUACAAGCUGUAUUAGAGAUUACAGAAGAGGACUUGAUCGCCUUGAAUGUAAAGAGAGGCCAUCGACGAGUAAUACAGAGAGGCAUAGCAACUUUAAAUGGUGUCCCAAAAAAUCAGCCGUUACAUAUGGUGGGUAGUAGUACCAGCAUCCCAAAUGGCAUUCCGCCCUCUACAAUCAGUACAUCAUGUUCCAAAUCACAUAAUAACAAUGGCAAUCACUCGAGUGAAGGAUCAUCGGGCACCUAUACUACAAGUGGCUAUGGUUCAAUGAGUUCGCCACGACAUCCCACAUCCAAUACGAGCAGCAUGAGUAAGCCUUACGAAUUCCCCCCCUCAACAUCCAGUUAUACAACGACUAGCAGUAGCAACAACAACGGCACUAACAAUACACCACCUUCUGUCACUAUUGUAGACACUGAACAUCCCGCAUCCCAUCAACACCAACUCGUCCAUAUUCUCCACCGUAACCCUACCGAUUCCGAAUCCCACGACAUGAUGGAUACUACUCAGAAGGAAUCCCGAUCAUCGUACUCCUCUAAUGAAGACGAAGAUGAGGACAUGCUGGAGGAGGAACAAUCCAAUAAUGGCAAUUUCAGUGCUACCUCAUCACCACUGAAAAGGAAAUACAGACGCCAUCCUAAACCUGAUAAACAUGCGCCCAUUAAACCUCCUUCCGCCUACAUCAUGUUCUCAAACGACGCUCGUGCACAGCUCAAGGGUCACAACAUGACGUUUGUCGAAAUCGCAAAGAUUGUGGGCGAUCAGUGGAAGAAUCUCGGCAUCAGCCAGAAGCAACAAUAUGAGCGAACAGCGAUGCGAGCCAAAGAUGAGUACAUUGACGCCCUGAACGAGUAUAGAAAGACAAAGGAGUACAAGGAGUACCAAAAGUAUCUGAGUGAUUUUAAAGCCGAACAAGAUGCUACAAACCGAAAGAUUGCCAGACUACGAAAACGAGCAAAGCGGUCAUCUCCGGGAAGUGGCAGUUUGGCCGAUAGUUCUUCCAAUGAUAAUGCUAGGAGUUCGUCGUCGAGUGGUGGAUCCACUGAUAUAUACAAGGUGCAUCGCAAGAUACACACAAAUACCAAGGGCAGCAGUAGUGAAGACAGCAGUGUGCUACGAAGCAUGUAUACAACUCCCACUAUCGAGGUGUCCACGUCCACAACACCGCUUGAUGAAGACGUAGAUGAUGACGACGUAGACGACAAUGAAGACAACAACACGGAGGAAUGCUACUCUCCUCAACAAAAGGCGCCACCGCUUAUAAGUGACAGCAUGGCUAACUCCAAUUACCAUCGCCUGCCUUUCAAUCAAGAUCCUCGACCACAAUAA